CUAUGGUUCAACUUUAUGCAGAUAUCCUUUUAUUGAUUAUGCUUGAAUUACAAGAUGAUAUUUCAUCUUUACAUUCUUGCAUCCUUGUAAAUAGAUCCUGGUCUCGGAUAGCUGUACCUUUAUUAUGGAAAUAUAUUAUCUCUCUGAUAGGAAAUCACAUGUAAAAUUAUAUAAAGUAAUAGCCAAGAAGAAUUAGAUUAUUAAUUCUAGAUCUAAUAAAAGGAAUAUAACUAUGGUUCAAUUUAUUGAUUAUGCUUGAAUUACAAGAUGAUAUUUCAUCUUUACAUUCUUGCGACAUUGUAAAUAGAUCCUGGUCUCGGAUAGCCGUACCUUU